AACUUUAUCCUCAAUCUAGGGUUUUAUUCUUCUGUUCGGACUAAGAGGGCUCUCUGCAUUGCUUGCUGUACUCUCUCAAUCUCUCUGUGGGGAAAAAUGACGACGGUGGUCCCUACUUCAGAGGAAGAUCCCGUGCUUUCCGUCGUCCGUUUUACGGCUGAGUUGUCCUGGGCUGACGCCGGCCCCGAGAUUGCAGAGCCUCAAGUUAACAGAUUGUGUGUCGAGGCCCAGGAAUGCAUGAUUGAAGGAAGAUGGUUGGAUUUGGCUUCAUUGAUGCUCACUUCUGCAGAUUUAAUAUUUUCUAAAGCUUCUGAAAAAGAUCUUGAGUGCAUUUUCACUAUCAUUUGCAACCUCGUCAAGAAACCUGGGAGCUUGGACCAUGUACAUGAGAUGGCACAGCUCAUAUCCACUAAAAUCAUUCAACAAGCCAACGAUAAACCCGCAUUGCGCUUGAAAAUCUUGUUCAAUCUCUAUAACCUGUUGGAGAAUCCAUACAGCCGUUUCUUCGUUUACUUGAAGUCCCUUAAUUUGGCCAUUCAGGGAAAGGUCACUGAACAUAUUUUGCCAUCGGUCAAAAAGAUGGAUAGCUUCUUAAAGGAAUGGAAUCUCGGAGUCAAAGAUCAGAGAGAGCUCUUUCUUGCAAUCUCCAAUGUUUUGAAGGAAAACAAGGGCUCUACAAAAGAUUCUUUCUUGUUUCUAACAAAGUAUCUGGAAACCUUUUCGGCUGAAGAUACUUCUACUAUGAAUGAGGCUAAGGAAGAAGCUGCCCGCGCAAUUAUCGAUUUUGUCAGAUCAUCUGAUAUGUUUAAGUGUGACUUGCUAGAUAUGCCUGCCAUAGCCCAGUUGGAGAAAGAUGCUAAAUUUGCUCCAGUAUAUCAACUUCUGAAGAUCUUUCUCACUCAGAGGCUGGAUGCUUACUUGGAUUUUGAGGCAGCAAAUUCAGCAUUAUUAAAGAGCUAUGGACUUGUCCACGAUGACUGUAUAUCGAAGAUGAGGUUGAUGUCGUUGGUAGAUCUUGGCUUGAAUGAAUCUAGUCAAAUUCCUUAUUCUGUCAUCAAGGAGGCAUUGCGGAUUGAUGACACUGAGGUAGAAUCUUGGGUUGUUAAGGCAAUUACAGCUAAGUUACUUGAU